AUGUAUUAAUUUGAAAAUUUUGAAUAAUUGCAAGAUGUAGACAAAGAAAUAACGACUAUAGAAUAGACAUGCUCAAUUAAUUUACAUAUGGAUGAUAAACAAAAGAGAACUCCAGCUUUAAAGUUUAUUUGCGAAAGUCAUAAAAUGGAGAUUAUUAUAUUUAAUUUAGAUCAAACAGAAUUUGAAUAAACAAAUCCUUUUUUAUGUGUUGAAUGUGCAUAAGAUCUAUUAACUAGAGGUAAUAAGGCUGUUGCUCAUACAAUAUCUUUGAAGAGAGCUGACGAAAAAUGGAAUGAAUACAUUAAAGAUCAGUGUGAAAAAAGAUUAUAAAGGUAAUCAAUAUUUUAUUCAGCUAUUGGAUUCAUUACUAAAUUAUAAGAAAAGUAUAAUUAGGUAUUGAAUAAAAUGAUUUAAUCCUUUGAUGACCAAUUAAAAAAAUACCCUAAAGAAUAUGAAUAACUAAUAAAAUUGAAAGAUACUCGAUUAUGGAACUAAGAUAAGCAAACCUUACAUGAAAUUAUUAAAAUUCUUGGUUAAACAGAUUAAUAACAAAAAUAAGAAUUAAUUCAAAAUUCAGAAGAUUCAUAAUUUUUUGAUUGUCAAAAGAAAGUAUUGGGAGAGUUAAUUAAAGAAAACUUACUCUUAGAAAAUUCUAUUUAAUAGCUCUAGAACCAUCAUUUAUGAAUAUUAAUUCCAUUUUUUUGGAAA